AUGGACCUGGAAAUCCUCCUCUGUCCGCUGUACUUUGGGGGCUACAACGAGUCCCUGGUGGCCCUCAACGGCCAUUUUGACAAGGCCGCAUGCCAAGGCAUCCCUGACUACAACGCUGACCCACCAGUGGUGAAGUUUAACUUCACCAUGGCAGACGAUUCUCUCAAUGCAUGCACCAACAAAGUGACGAUCACAGAGGAAACGGGCACUGGCGUGUUCUCAGACUACUCGAAGGUCCAGUACGUUAACAUCUCUGGGGUAAUCAACACCCAGGAUCUUAGUGGUGCCACCAUCGUCUAUCGCCAAGAGCUGAUGUACCUGUACUCCUGCAAGUACCCGCUCCAAUACCUCACCAACAAAACAGAAGCCAGUGUGUCUGGAGUGAGUUUGGCAAUCAAAGACAACAACGGUAGCUUCGUCAGCACCUUGAGCAUGCGUCUGUUUCAGGACGUCUCCUACACUUCCCCUCUGCGUGUGCCGUCCAGCGGCCUUACGCUGAAAACACGCAUCUUUGUGGAAGUCAGGGCCACCAAUCUCACACAAAGGUUUAACGUGCUUCUGGAUCGAUGCUAUGCCACCACGAGCCCUUUCCCACUCAACAGCACCUACUACGACCUCUUUGUUGGGUGUAACCACGACAUACAGACGGUCAUGGGUAUCAACGGCGACUCCCAGAAGGCUCGCUUUUCCUUCGAGGCGUUCCGCUUCGUGCAGGACUCGAACAACACCGUGUCCACCUACUACGUGCACUGUGCCACUCGGCUGUGUGAGCACUCCUUCUGCAGCACUCUACAACAGAACUGCUCAGACGGCUCGGGGGGGUUACGGAGGAGGAGGCGGGAGGUCACUUCUGUGAGUGACACGGCCACGGUCACCUCAGGCCCAAUUACCACCAGAAGUAACAAUGGUGGAGCAGAGGAACAUAGCGGAGGUUCUGAUGGCAACCAAACGGUGUUGGGAGUGGUCACAGCCGCAGUUCUCAUGGGAAUCUUCUGCAUCGCCACCAUCGCAGCCAUAUUCUACAAGAUCCACUACUCAAGAACAGCAGCCACAGACAAGACUAUCCUCCACCACUGA